CACAGCUAUUAAUGACUUAUGCUCAACUUCUAGUGGAGCUGCUGUUUGGGCGGAAACGCAUUAAACGCAAACUCCAGAAUAGCUUUCACGAUAUACCGCGCACGAAUAGUAAAUGCGACCAUGUUGUUUUAAUAAUGAAAUAUCAAGUUUCGUGCGUCUAACUUGUGUUAAAUUGUAGAAUUUCUCUUAGGGAUAUACAAAUAUAUGCACGUUACUGUCAUAAACUACUGGUAAUUAAUGUUCUUAUAACUUAUAAUGUAAAUUAGUCGUAUUCUAUCGGGUACAAUAUGUCUCUUAAACGCAAACUAGUAAAUUAAACAGUUUGCAGGCGCAUGCCGCUCAAUACCGUAACAUGGCUUGGCUUGAAUGGCCUCCGGCUACGCCAGUGAUUUAAUUCAUGUGUAAAUAUCUUCAAUCUGCAAUCGUUAUUGAUCGUGUUAAAGCUCCGUUCUGAUAAAUAACCUUACCUGUCGUUAUGUUCAACAUUAAGCUUUUCAAUUGAAAGCAGUGAUACUUUGCAAUACCAACUGUUUAUGAUUGGAAUUCGGAAAAAGAACACAACGUGAACAUGCUACAGAUUGUAUCAGGUGGGAGAACAAUUGAGGACUCAAUUUCAUGCAUAGGCGACACAACGGUGAGUGAUUCAUACUGUGCGUCGUUUCGUACCAUGGACUGCGUAUGUGGAAGUAAAUGUGCGAAGGCAACCAACAAGAAGACACCGAAUCAAGAAUCACCGAAAAGGACAAUACAGACGGACAGCUUUGGCGCGGGCAUUCAAGGAAGUUUCGACACAGAAAUCCGCGAGUUGUUUCGUCUGUUCGACACCAACAAUGACCGCUCCAUCUCCAUUCAGGAGCUCGGCACGGCCAUGAGGUUCCUUGGUAUGACUCCCACAGAACAGCAGGUCACCGAUGCCAUGCGGGCACUUGAUGCCAAUGGUAAUGGGCGGAUAGAGUUUCAAGAGUUUUAUUCAUUUAUGCAAGCGGAAAUGUCAAAAGUCAGUGAUGAGUCCUAUACCAACAGGGAAGACAUUGUCCGUUCUGCGUUUAGAACGUUUGAUCGAGAUGGAAACGGUUAUAUUGAUGAGAAUGAAUUUAGAGUGGCCAUGAAAAAGCUAGGAGAGACUCUCACGGACAAGGAACUGGACGAUAUGAUGAGACAGGCAGAUGUGGAUGGGGAUGGCAAGAUAAACUAUGAAGAAUUUGUAAAGAUGUGGUGUGAAGCGACAUGAAGAGUCUUUGACUUUACGCCAGACGGAUCCUGUCAUUUUGUUCUUAUCUCGUCAUGCUGAUAUAGCUUCACUCUUUAUACAUUUUAAAAAUGCAAACACUUUUAUUGGAAUAUCAAAUAUAAGUAUUAUUGUACAGCAUUAGUCAAACAUUAAUUUGUAAAAGAAUACAUGUAGCUUUUAAACAUGAUGAUCACAGUUUGUAGUAUCUAAUAUAUGUAUGUCUUACAAGUGUAGUGAUUAAAAUAACUAUGCAUACAUUAAAUGCCUUAGCUGGAAAUUAAUAUUUAGUCAGUAUUUUCACGUAUAACAGUACAUUGAUAUUAAUAAGUAAUUCAAUUAGUCGACGAUGAUGUUUAAUAUGGUGAAUGAUAAGCAACACAUAGUUAAAAGCAUACGUAUAUGACUACUAAUAACAUCUGAUACGAACAUACGACUCUGUGUUUUUACUUUCGGCGUAUAUAAUUAAAACACCAUUUGGACAGUACACACAUAUUCUCUGAUGAAAGAGUUUCUAGAGUUUUGUUGCUUUUCCUACUUAAUAAUAAGAAUGUGAUUAAACUGCUUCCCGAUUUAUGCCGGUUUUCAAAACGGAAUACGAAAUGAAAAUAUACAGAGUUCCAUUAGUUCAUCUGCUCAUACAUAUACAUAUAUAUAUGUGUUCUUAAUUGUUGAGAUAAAGUUGACAGAAGUCUACAUAUGAUGUUAUUUGCUUGACAAUAGAAGAUAACUAUGAUGAUAUCAAAAAGGCAGGGAAAAACUAUUCAUGUACAAAAGUGACCAUGCUGCUUACCAUGUGUGUAAAGUGAUAUCACUCUAGUCUUGUGUUAAAAUAACGAGCAAAAUAGCUUUAAAGAUC